AGUGUAAACGUGCAGGGUCUCAGUCUCGCCGCUAGAUGGCGGUGUAGCCUCGGCUCAUGUUGUCUUUCUUCUUCUCGUUGACUGCUGUGAUGAAGCUACACGACCACAUGCUAACAUGCUAACAAGCUAACGUCGCCUCAUGUCAGAGAUGAGAUGGUUUUUAAAGCGUGAAUUAUCUUUUAACCUGGUUUACAUGUUUUUCUCUCCGGGUUUAAUCCUCUCACCGCGUUCAGCGGGUAUUUUAACACGGUGUCAUCCGGUUAUGAGUUAGCAACAAGGUACAGUAAGCUAACGUUGGCCGGUAAGCUAACACUACCUUCACAGCAAAGACGUAAAAACAACGAUAAGGGUUUAAAAUAUUUACGCGAAGAAGGAUGUUUGUGUUAAAGCGACAUUUUUAAUAUAACGUUAAUUCAAAUACACUUUAAUUGAACUGGGGAAUCGGUUCUGAUGAAAACAAACUCCGUAGAGAAAUCAGCUGAUCGACAGAAUCAACACUCGUUGAAUUGUGGUGGAAAAUGUCGGAGUCGUCGCUGUAAACAUUAAAAACCACCGGAACUGGAGUUGAUGAGAGAAUCGGUUUUACAGCCGAAUGACACUCAGCAACAUUUUAAAUCGAUCCUGUCGCUGUUUGUCUCAGUUGCUCCGGAAGUUUCUGACCUUUGUCACGAUGCGUCGACUUUUAUCAAGAGUUUUAAACCGAGUUCUGCUGAACGAGUCGUUCUCACCGGUGAUGGUCACUGAGGCAGGAGUACACACACACGGCCCCCGGAAGCUGGUGGUGGGACUGGGCAACCCGGGGAUGGAGGGUACCAGACACAGCGUCGGCAUGGCGGUGCUUGGCGCACUCGCUGCCCGGCUCGAUGUAGCUGACCGUUGGCGCGGCGACAAGCACGUGUCCGGUGAGGUCAUCGUGUCGGAGAUCCAACACACACAUGUGGUGCUGCUCCGUCCCAGGCUGCUGAUGAACGUCAAUGGAGUGUCAGUGGCCAAAGCAGCUGGUAAAUACGGCAUCAGGCCUGAAGACAUCCUGCUGGUCCACGAUGAACUGGACAAACCUCUGGGGAAGAUCAACAUCAAACAUGGAGGAAGCGCCAGAGGUCAUAACGGAGUCCGCUCCUGUGUGGACUGUCUUCAGACUGAUGUAGUUUCCUUUAAUUACAUUCAACACAACAGACCAAGACUUUCUGUCGUUUGUUGAUUUGUUUUGAUCCAGAGUGUGGACCUCCUCCUCUCCCAGCUCUCCCGGCAAGAAUCCCCGCAGGACUCCCCCUCCGGCCCCCCCUCGCCAGCAGGGGGCAGACAAGCAGCACAGAAGAGAAAGGAGGGGGAGCCCCGAGCUUCUCCGGCCGGGGACUCAGCUGCUGCCCAGAGCUGAACCUCAACAUUUGUCUGUUAUCAAACCCACAGCUGCCUCAAACACCAACGGAUUCAUUCUCUGGUGUGAGUUUGAAAGACGAUGUGUGAAUCAAGACGAUGCAACAGGAGCCGAGGUUUAACCACAAAGAGCCUCGUUUAAAAACUGCUGUGAUCAAGUGAUUGGUUUUUACGUCUGAAUCAUUUCCUGUAUUUAAAUUCUGAAGCCAAAAACCUCAUGAA